GAUGCCGGCGGAAAUUGAAUGAUUUACCUGCAAAAUCUAAAAAUCGCAGCAGACCGUUCAAUCCUCCCGCCGUCGGCCUCCGCCUUCCGUCUCCGAUCAUUAACCCUAACCCCUCUCCGUCCCGAUAGAUUGCCCCCCCCAAAUCCCUCGCCAAAACCCCUGCCGCGCGCCACCGGGAGCAAGGCAAGCGAUGAGUGCUCCGAUCGUGCCAAGCAAAGACGGCGAGUGCGGCUCGACGUCGAUCAGCCGGACGGUGAACGGCUCGCACGAGUUCACGAUGAGCGGCUACUCGCUGGCCAAGGGGAUGGGGGCCGGGAAGUUCAUCUCCAGCGACGUCUUCAGGGUCGGGGGCUACGACUGGGCCAUCUACUUCUAUCCGGACGGGAAGAACCCGGAGGACAGCAUGAUGUACGUGUCCGCCUUCAUCGCCUUGGCCAGCGAGGGCUCCGACGUCAGGGCGCUGUUCGAGCUGACGCUCGUCGACCAGAGCGGGAAGGGGAAGCACAAGGUCCAUAGCCACUUCGACCGCGCGCUCCAGAGCGGGCCUUACACGCUCAAGUACCGCGGCAGCAUGUGGGGUUACAAGCGCUUUUUGAGAAGAGCUGCUUUAGAGACUUCUGAUUACAUCAAGGACGAUUGCCUUGUGAUGCACUGUACCGUUGGAGUUGUGAGAACCCAUACUGAGGGCCCCAAACAGUACCGAAUUCCUAUUCCGCCAUCAGACAUUGGCCAGCAUCUGAAGCCCCUGUUAGAUUCUGAAGUUGGCUGUGACAUAGCUUUUGUUGUUGGUGACGAAACCUUUAGAGCUCACAAAUUGAUCCUCGCUACUCGUUCUCCAGUUUUUCGAGCCCAGUUUUUUGGUCUCAUUGGGGACUGCAAUAUAGAGGAGGUUGUCGUAGAGGAUGUUGAUCCCUCCAUUUUUAAGGCAAUGCUUCUGUUCAUUUACACGGACGAAAUACCUGAUUUAUGUGAAAUCACGGGCUCAACCUCUUCUGGUACAUUGACUAAUGUGGUGCAGCAUCUAUUAGCUGCUGCCGACCGCUACAAUCUAGAACGAUUGAAAUUAUUGUGUGAGUCGAAAUUAUAUGAGGAGAUUAGUGCCGAUACAGUGGCUACAACACUUACCCUAGCUGAGCAGCACCAGCUCGGACAGCUAAAGGCGAUGUGUCUAAAAUUUGCUGCACAUCCAGCAAACUCUGCAGUAGUAAUGCAGUCCGAAGGCUUCAGGCACUUGGAGGAGAGCUGCCCUUCCUUGUUGUCUGAACUGCUUAAGGCUUUCGUAAUGGUGGAUGAUUCCUCUGACCGAUUUUCAAGUAAAAAGAGGGUCAGCGGCAGCAAUUAUGGACUAGAUAUGGGGCCAGUUGUGACCGAGGCUGAACAUGGGGAGAUAGAUGGAAGGCGUGUGAGGAGGCGGAAUUUAGGAUGAAUUAGUUGCCUGAGCAUGUAAUUAGUUUGAUCCUCUUGGUCUUUCUAGGAUUUCUGUUAAGUCUUUUUGACUGUUUGUAUCUUAUUCUAGCAUUGAUGCAUAGAAAUUCUAUUGAGGUGACAUAGGAAGUUUGUUAUCGUUACUUCAUCAUUCCUUAUCAAGUGCAAAUGAGCUAUGUUGCAGAAAUUUAA